AUGCUUCAUUCACGUCUACGACCCCUCCCCCGCCGCAAUCACCCCACCAACACACUCAGCGCCCCAGCACCCGAAUUCCAAAACCAAGACGCGAACAGCGAAGCCGACGAAGAACCCGAAGAUCUCUUUGGUGCAUUCCUCCCCCACCUCUUCCCAGACGACGCACCGUCCUUCCACGGCGACCCAGGCCAACACCUCCUCUACAGCUCCCCGCGCUAUGGCGACCUCAACAUCAUGGUCCCCAGCUACCCAAGCUCAAGCCAGAAACGCUCCCAGGAGAUCGCCGCAGGCCAAGCCAAGCCGGACGGCUCAGUGAACCAGGUCGACGAGGGACGAAAGCUCUUUGCGCAUUUCCUCUGGAGCGCGGCGAUGGUCGUUGCAGAGGGUGUCGAGGAAGCGGAUACGCCUCUAGCACCAGGUGAAACGGAGACGGAAGUCCAGAAAGAAAAUCGGGAGCUGUGGCAUGUCGAGGGCGAGAGUGUGCUCGAGUUGGGAGCUGGCGCCGCCCUUCCCUCUGUAAUCUGUGCCUUAGCCAACGCUUCAAAGGUCACAGCAACCGACCACCCCUCCUCUCCCGCGCUAAGCGGCGCAAUCGGUUUCAAUACAGAGCACAAUCUAGCCAAGCGCACGCCCGAGGUCGCGGGGAGAGUAUCAGUGCACCCGCAUGAAUGGGGUGUGUUAGAUGACUCCUUCGCGACGGCGAAUAAAGGUGUCUAUACGCGCAUUGUCGCGGCGGAUUGUUUCUGGAUGCGCUCGCAGCAUGAGAACCUCGCGCGCACGAUGCAGUGGUUCCUUUCGCCAGGUGGAAAGGUGUGGAUUGUUGCUGGGUUCCAUACGGGGCGGGCGAUUGUUGCCGGGUUCUUUGAGACGAUUGUUGAGUAUGGGUUUGUGAUUGAGAGGAUCUAUGAGAGGGAUUUGAUUGAGAGGUUGGAGGAUGGGGGUGAGAUUCGUAGGGAGUGGUCUCCGGUUAGGGAAGGGGAGGGUACGGAGCAUCAGAAGAGGUGGUGUGUUAUUGCUCUUUUGAAAAGGAAGGGGGAGUAA